GCGCGCGCACACAGGUGUAGGUGCACGCGCAUGGAGGGGGAAGGGAGCGGGCGGCGAGAGCGGCUCUGCGGCGGAGCGGGGCGGACAGACGAGCUGCGCGACACCCUCCGCGACACGCUCCCCAUGGCCGACCAGGGCUUCAUCGACGACUCCGCGCCCCUCCCGGGCAAGGCCGAGGAGCGGCCAGAGGAGGUGGUGGAGGAGCAGCAGGAGGAGGACGAGGGCCAGGAAGAAGAGGAGGGUCUCGAGUGGGGCUACGAGGAAGGAGUUGAGUGGGGAUUGGUGUUUCCUGAUGCUAAUGGAGAAUACCAGUCUCCCAUUAACUUGAACUCAAGAGAAGCCAGAUAUGACCCCUCGCUGCUGGAAGUGCGCCUGUCUCCAAAUUACGUAGUUUGUCGUGACUGUGAAGUAACAAAUGAUGGCCAUACAAUUCAAAUAAUCUUCAAGUCAAAAUCAGUCCUAGCAGGUGGGCCGUUGCCUCGAGGGCACGAGUUUGAACUACAUGAAGUUCGAUUUCAUUGGGGAAGAGAAAACCAACGAGGCUCUGAACACACUGUUAAUUUCAAAGCUUUCCCUAUGGAGCUCCAUCUCAUCCAUUGGAAUUCUACCCUGUAUAGCAGUAUUGAUGAGGCUGUUGGGAAAACGCAUGGAGUAGCUAUUAUUGCUUUGUUUGUACAGAUAGGAAAAGAGCAUGUUGGCCUCAAGGCAGUGACUGAUAUUCUCCAGGACAUCCAGUACAAAGGCAAGUCCAAAACAAUUCCCUGCUUUAAUCCGAACACUUUAUUACCAGAUCCUCUUCUACGAGAUUAUUGGGUAUAUGAAGGUUCCCUUACAAUCCCACCCUGCAGCGAAGGUGUUACUUGGAUAUUAUUCAGAUAUCCUCUAACCAUAUCCCAGAUUCAGAUAGAAGAAUUUCGUCGGCUGAGGACACACAUUAAAGGUGCAGAGCUUGUAGAAGGCUGUGAUGGAAUUUUAGGAGACAACUUUCGACCCACUCAACCACUUAGUGACAGAGUCAUCAGAGCUGCAUUCCAGUAGGCAAGGAUGAAGGAAAAGUUCAUCUUCAUCCAGAGAGAGAAACAAUGGUCCUACAGUGCCCUUGGAUGAGGAAUGGAAAUUUAUGAGACUGCUGCUUCAGUUUAACCACACAAGCCUGCAUUGUCUGCCUCCAUCUAUUUGAGCCCUGAUGGACAGCUGUGACAGUUGGCCUGUCCACAAUGAUCCAGUGAAAUUCUGGGAAUAGCUUUAAACUAAAAGGAAAAAAAAGCAUGUUAAACCUCCAAAUCAUUGCUGCUCUCUUUCCUGAUUAUUCCAUAGUGUUUGGUCAUUCUCUGCACCAUGAGUGAUGAUAGUUUUAAAAGUUUGUGAAUGUGACUAGGUAAUGUGCAUAAAAUUUCAUACAAUUUGGGAAAAGACUAAAACCCAUACUUGAGUAAUUCUCCGUUUCUAGAGUAACUGAACAUUCUGCUCAUUCAGAGGACAAUAUGAUAUUCUUAAUAAAAUCAUUUGUUGUAUCAGGAAAAGCAUACAUAUUCAUAGGGCAGGGAUUUGAUAAAGACUAGGUGUGUCAAUUAUUCUCACAAUUAUUUUCAUCACAGCACUUAUUUGAAAUACAGUUGAAGGUUAGUUUUUUGUCUUAUUUAUGUGCUGCAUAGAAAAUAAAUGGAUAUUUAUUGACAAUAGAAAUUUCCUAUAUUCUUGUUAAAAAAUUCAUAGACACCCUCAUCAGAACCGGUUGAGACAUCAGAGGAAAGCUACGUCUUCUGAAUAGAUCAGCUGAAAAAUAUGAAGGAUGCUAUGAUGAAGUGAGAAAAAAGAUUAAGCCAGUAGGUAAACCUGAACUAGCUUGCAAAGCUCCAUGUACUUUUUUCCACAUACUAAAAUGCAAGUUGAACCCAUCAAACCUAAAUUUAGGACUGUACAAUUCACUGGGCUCAAAAAUCACAAGUGAUUUCAACUUUCGCAUGAAUACCCUUGUGUUACACCAUUUCUCAUCAGGUUAGAUUAAAAUGCACCUGCAUAAGAAGACACACCUCUUACUCCAGUUUUCAUUUCAUGUAACUACUCUUGGCAAAUUUUGGACUGUAUUUGUUUCACAGGUAUGAUUAAGACCAAACAAGGGUUUGCUAUUCAGUCCUAUGUGUUGAUUGAUUUGCUAAAAAAUUCCACUUGUUAGAGCAUUUUUGCACUGUAGUUUACUUGGGGUGGCUAACAAAUCAUCAAAAUUAAAAACACUACCAAAAUCAAACAAUCUGAAAUCGAUCAAUAGUAUUUAUUGCACGCUUAUGCCUACUGAACACUGAACUUAGCAUUUGGGAGGGUACAACAGAAGUAAAACACAUGUUUUAGUGAAAUCAGACAGACAUGUAUUAUUUACAAAUAAUAGGAGCAGGGGAAGAACAGAGAUAAUGGAGGUAGCAGCGUAAGUGUCAGGAUGAAAUAGCUGAAAACACGUUUGGAUAGAUCAGUGAAAAGAUGUAUCUGUGUAAAUACUGAGCCUGAGUAGAUAUAUACAAAUGCUGCAGGUGGCUAAUGGGUUGAGUCUAAUAAAUUUAAUUGGAUUAGAUUACUGAAAAAACAAAAACAGGUCAGUGGAGCUUCCUACCACAUGCUCUGUGACUUUUAAACUACUCAUUAUUUUAGUUUGAUUUGAGGAGUGUUGAAGGAUUUCAGUUAGGUGAUUUGACUUUAGUUUGCUUUGGACAAUUUGUCAUCAGACCAUUUAGCCAAAAUUACUUAAUGGAAUUUACUGGUAGUUAAAAUGGUAUAUCUCAGGCAUUAAAUAUUUUCUUGUUGAAAUAAAAGGAGCCCACACGUGCUUGUAGCAGGGAUAAAAUUCCACCCUUCGUUCGCAAGCUGUUUAUUUGUGAUUUAAAAUUAACAAAUACAUGUUUUUAUGCCAUUACCCUGUCAAAUAAAUUUCUUACCAAUAUUGCUUUUCUCUAGGAAAGCACUAGGGCUGGUUUCUUGAACAAUUAGUUUGAGACAACAAAAUUUCAGGCUCAACCCAAAUCUGUGUAAUAUAUCUUUUUAUCACCCGGAAGGAAACAGCUAGAUGCUCAUUUGCCAUUCUAAAUAUAAACAGAGUUUAUUCAUUGUACAAGAACUGCAAGUGACUUUGUGAACCAUAUGCUCCAAUAAGAACGCUAAUGAUCCAUUAUGGGUAAGAGCCAUACAUUGUAUUCUGUAAGCAAAAACAAAAUUGUAUAAUUAAAGUCUAAGUUGGGGUUCAUUU